AUGGGAAAGAAGGAUGCUGCGGGAGUGUCCUCGGACACUCAACCUCUCCUCGAGAAGUCCUCCACCAAGAAGCGCCUGAGCUUCGACCUCACCGACCAUGUCGCAAAACGCCAAAGAAUCGAAGAGCGAACUGACCAUACACGAUGGCGCAUGCGCGACGACAAAGGACGCCAAUCAUGGGUGUAUCUCGAGGACGACCAAGCUCUUAAAGAUUGGCCCCAGAGCUUUGCUGACAAGUACUUUCUUGGCCUUCCUGUGAAUGCCCCCGAUCUCCCAAAGCCGACGAACCCUCUCGAUGCGGUCCGAAACGGUCUCGAAUUCUUCGAAAAGCUCCAACUGCCCAGCGGUCACUGGGGCUGCGAAUAUGGCGGUCCCAUGUUCCUGCUACCGUGCAUCGUUAUUGCUUGGUAUGUCACCAAGACGCCAAUUCCCUGGUAUUACGCGACCGAGAUCAAGAACUAUUUGUUUGCGCGCGCCAAUCCCGAAGACGGUGGCUGGGGUCUGCAUAUCGAGGGCGAGACAUCAGUCUUUGGAACAUCGCUCAACUACACUGUCCUGCGGAUUGUAGGUGUUGAUGCCGACCACCCGGUGAUGGUCAAGGCUCGCGCCACUCUGCACAAGAUGGGAGGAGCGACACAUGCCCCCCACUGGGCCAAGUGGUGGUUGGCCGUGAUGGGAGUUGCCCAGUGGGAUAUCGUUAACCCAACACCCCCCGAGUUGUGGCUUCUCCCAGACUGGGUCCCUAUUGCCCCUUGGAGAUGGUGGAUCCACAUUCGCCAAGUGUUUCUGCCCAUGAGCUAUCUGUGGUCCAAGAGGUGGCAGGCUGAGGAAACGGCACUGAUCCGCUCCCUUCGGCAAGAGUUGUUUGUGGAGGACUGGGCCAAGAUCAAUUGGGCUUCGCACCGCAACACCAUCAACCCCAGGGACAACUACCAUCCUAAGACGUGGGUGCUCAACACGGUAAACUGGUGUCUUGUCAAUAUCUGGAACCCAGUUUUGCGGACACAGGCGAUUGCUAAAAAGGGCGAGGAGUGGGCCAUGAAGCUCAUCGAGAUGGAGAAUGAGAACACCGACCAUGCUGAUUUGGCCACGGUGUCAGGGCCCAUGAACACGGUGUGCCUUUAUGUCAAAGAGGGACCCGAUUCCUAUGCUGUGCGCAGGCAUCGCGAGAGAGCCCAUGAGUUCCUCUGGAUGAAGGACGAGGGUUUGCUUGCCAAUGGCACCAACGGUGUUCAGUGUUGGGAUACUGCCUUUGCCAUUCAGGCUGUGAUGGAUGCUGGUUUAACCGAGGAUCCCCGUUGGCGGCCAAUGCUGAUGAAGGCGCUCGAGUUCUUGGAUGAUCAACAGAUUCGCGAAAAUGUCAAGGACCAGGACAAAUGCUAUCGCCAGCAACGCAAAGGCGGAUGGGCCUUUAGCAACAAGGAUCAAGGCUAUGCUGUCAGCGACUGUGUUUCGGAAGCUCUCAAGUCUGUCAUCAUUCUCCAGAAGACUCCAGGUUUCCCAACCCUCAUUGAUGAUCGGAGAAUCUUUGACGCCAUUGACACUCUUCUGACAUACCAGAAUCCUUCUGGCGGAUGCUCGUCAUAUGAGCCCCCUCGCGCGGGUACUUGGAUGGAGGUAUUGAACGCUGCUGAGGUGUUUGGCAACAUCAUGGUCGAGUAUGAGUAUCCCGAGUGCACAACUGCGGUGGUCACGGCUUUGUCCCUCUUCCGCAAGCACUGGCCGGAAUACAGAACCAAAGAGAUCGAGCGCUUCAUCGAGCGCGCCGUAAAGUGGAUCAAGACUGCCCAGAAGCCACAUGGUGGGUGGUAUGGGAGCUGGGGUAUUUGCUUUACUUAUGCCACCAUGUUUGCCCUUGAGAGUUUGGCCAGCAUUGGUGAGACAUAUAAGAACAGCGAUUAUGCCAAAAGGGGCUGUGACUUUUUGAUCUCCAAACAGAGAGAGGACGGUGGUUGGUCUGAACAUUACAGGGCAUGUGAGACGGGCGAGUACAUUGAGCAUCCUUCAGGAUCGCAAGUUGUCAUGACUGCCUGGGCGGUAAUUGCUCUCAUGAAGGCAGACUACCCAAAUCUUGAACACAUCAAGAAAGGUAUCAAGCUGAUCAUGGACCGCCAACAAAGCAAUGGCGAGUGGCUUCAAGAAGCCAUUGAGGGUGUCUUCAAUAAGAGCUGCAUGAUUUCGUACCCCAACUACAAGUUUACCUUCACCCUGAAGGCUCUGGGCAUGUUUGCUCGCAAGUACCCGAACGAAACUGUGGUUUGA